CACAAUGAUAUGUGAUAAACAUUCGAUGAAAUGUUUACAAAUUCUUUUGAAAUUCUUUGAAAUUUUCUUCAGUUUUGUUUUUGAAGUUUUUUUUCCUUUGCAGCAAUAAUAAUCAUCGUCCAAAAAUGCGUGUUACAGUAUUGGAAAUAUCGGCACAAUUAGAAAAUGUUACAAAUUUAACAAUACCAUUCGAUUAUGAAUAUCAUAUGUAUUUUUGUUGUAAAAAUUGUAUGGCAAAAACGGAUCUAAUAAAAUUUUCUGCCGAUAAUAAAGUACCAUUAAUGGGUGGUAAAUCAUUUGUUAAUCUAAUAUUUCGUUGUAAACAAUGUCAACGACCAUCAAAUGUAUCGAUAAUAAAUGAAUCAAUAAGACCAUACCGAGAAGAAGAUUCAUCAACAUUUCAACCAUUAUGUGAAUUUGAUUGUCGUGGUUGUGAUCCAAUCGAAUUCAUACCUGUUGGGCCAUUUUUUUGUCAAUCAACUAUUGAUCCACAUCAACAUCGACAACAAAACGAACAAAAACAAUUUUAUGAUGUUGAUUUACGUGAUAAGGAUUGGGCUGAAUAUGAUGAACAUUCGAAUAAUUCUGUUGGUAUUUAUUCAUUUAAACAUCGUUUUACAUCGAUCAAAAAAGAAUGUCAUCGUUAAAUGUACGAAAACAUUCAUUGAACAGAACAAAAAAAAAAACAUCCUUGAAGUCAACUGUCAAUUCCUUUG